AAGUGUAGUGUUAAGAAAAUACAAAUUCAGCUACGUGUAUGUUGUGUUGAACCACUGCCAGUGCUAAACGUAACGGCGCAAUGGCAGAAUUCUUCAAAUAUUACAGUUGGUUGACCUUUCUUCAAAGUGAACACGUUGCCAAUAUAAUGGAUGAUUAUCAAAUAGAAACGCGUCGACGUUCACGUUCAAAAACACCCUUCCUACGUUCCAGUUGCGACCACGAAAACUGCGAACAUGCUGGCGAGGAGGGCCAUACACAUCAUCACCAACAGAAAAAGAAGGUGCCCAAUGUGCAAACUAUUGUGGAGGAAACCGUGGAGGUGGCAUCAUCUAUCUUACCAGCAAAACAAACACAAAAAUCUAAAACAUCAGAUUACUCCAGCGAAGACACAAGCCCGGAGAGUAAAUCAAAGAAGACCUCAAUAAGUAUCAACGAAGAGUCUUCACAGAAGUCCAAACAAAUGUCGUCGUCGUCAACGAAUAGGACCUCCACCACCACAACCAGCACUACGGUGGUCACAAAACGCAAACGUGUUGCCGCCUCCACACCAAAGGCCAUAGAGAACUAUUUACAAGAGAGUUUUGCCUCACAGUUCACCGGCGGCACUGGUGUCGAGGCUGCACGGCAAAGUUAUAAUGAAAUUACCCAAAAUGCGCUCAAUACAGAAUUUGAGCGUUCACUGCGCAGGGCGGAAGCCGCCGGCAGCAAUAAUAGCAGCAUUAAUAAAUCGUAUAGUAAUAUUUUGAGCAGUUCAAAUGGCGAUCUUAGCGAUCACAUUGCAUACCUGGAAUACAAACGUGCCGGCGAGUACUGGAACACCACACAAACGGAUUAUACCUACUCGAAGCAUUCGUCGUUUCGACGGGAAUUGGCGCCCGGCAUUGUUGCCAUGCCGAAUAUGUCGCGUCUUGGCCUGAGAACUCACAAUGAACGUAUCAACCACAUGACCAAGCAACUCACCUAUGAUUCGGGUGAUGAAAUCGAUUACCAACUUGAUGGCUACCGCAAACGUCAAUACAAUCGAUAUAUGCAAGAACAGAAGCAAUCAUGGUAUACACGCAUCAUUACAACGAUUGUGACGACAAUCACCAGCGCAUGGUCAGCGGUGACUGGUGGUGGUGCAGCUGCUGGUUAUGACAGUUCAUUGUACACAACGAAAUACGGACAGGAGGAACGAGGUUUCUUUGGCUCCAUUGCCCACGGCAUAUCAUCGUCCAUAUCACAACUCUUUCGUUAUGUUUACAUAUCGAUUUCAUCUCUACUUUGUUUGGAUACUUGGCUCUUGCAAUCGUCUAAUGCCGACUCCAAAGGCAGAAAACGCUUUCUGCUGCUACUGUUGAUCUUAUUGCCAUUGCUGUUGUUGGGCGCAUGGUGGUUACAGGAUGAGGAAGAUCGCGCCUACUACCUACAACGCACACAAUCUCUUCUGCCUGUUUCGCUGCUUGCUAGUUGGCAGAGUGCCCUCUACAACGGCGGCAACUCCUUCAAAGGCUACAUCCAACAGCUGCCGGACAAUGUUAAGACCUCAUUCAACCAUUACUACGCCAGUUAUGUGGGUGGUGGUGCAGCAGGCAGUGGUGAUUCCGAGGCGCACAUGCAUAUACACAACAUCGAGCAGCGACUUCAAAAAGCGCUCAGCGCCGAGGAAUAUGAAAACAUAUUGAAUCAUGUGAACAGUUAUGUGCAGGAAUUGAUUGACUUGAAGUUGGCGAAACAACAGCGUGAGCAAGCACUGCGCGCUGAACAAUUGAGUCCUGCGCAGAUGCAAAUGAUUGCAAAGUUGGUGCUCGAGACUGUGGCACAAGAAAAACUAAAGUGGGGAAAUGCUGAAGCAAAGUUGGCUGAGCUGAGUGAGGCCGAGGUACUUCGACUGGCCGAGUUGGUUCGAGUACAGUUAGAAGCCAGUGAUUGGGCGGACCGACCGGUGCCGCUGUCUGGUGAAAAUCUGUUAGAAAUAAAACGCCUGAUAACCGAACACAUGGAAUUGCAUGAACACAAACAUUAUACGAUGCUAUUGGAGCGCAUUGAUUUGGACGCGUUGUUGCUGCGUAUUUUAAGUGCACCACAGUUGGCCAAGUUUGUGGAUGGGCGCAUCGCUUUGGCGCUGGAGAGCAAACAUUUGCAUACAGAAAAGUUGCAUGAGGGCUCCGGUCACAGCGCUGCCUACAGCGAGCAACAACGACUUAUCAAUGAGCUAAACAACGAGAUAGCCUUUAUCAAACUUGCACUCUCCGACAAGUUAACCGAAAAUGAAGGACUUCAUCAAUCCAUAUCUAAGUUGAAGGUGACGCAAGAUGAUUUACUUAAGCGUAUGCAGGAUCAUGAGUUGGCCACAGAUAAACGCUUCAGUGGAUUGUUGUUGGAGAUAGAAAGCAAGCUGGCCACACUCAAAGAUGAGCCAUUCAAGUUGCUCAACCAACAAAUCAAGUUGUCGCUAGUAGAAAUACUAGGUUUCAAGGCAACCACACCUGGCGGCGCGCCCCUGGAGGAUAUCGAUUUGCAGAACUGGGUGCGCAGUAUGUUUGUGGCGAAGGACUACCUCGAGGAGCGUUUGUUGGCACUCAAUAAAGGCACCGACAAUAAGAUACGUGAGGAGAUAGAUCGGUCCGGCAUGUUGUUGAUGCGUGAUAUUAACGAGCGUCUGAAGAGCGUGUCAGCGUUAAAGGAACAAAUCAACACGGCAUUGUCUGAGGAGGAGGUACAUAAGAUAGUAAAAUCGGUGUUGAACGUUUAUGAUGCCGACAAAACAGGUUUGGUGGACUUUGCGCUGGAGUCUGCUGGCGGACAGAUACUCUCUACGCGCUGUACUGAGAACUACCAGACCAAAUCGGCACAGAUAUCCAUAUUUGGCAUACCUUUGUGGUAUCCCACCAAUACGCCACGCAUAGCUAUUUCUCCGCAGGUACAGCCUGGUGAAUGCUGGGCAUUCCAAGGAUUUCCGGGCUUUUUGGUUUUAAAACUAAAUUCAAUGGUAUAUGUAACGGGCUUCACGUUGGAGCAUAUACCGCGUUCCCUUUCACCAAACGGACGCAUUGAUUCAGCGCCAAGAAAUUUCACAGUUUGGGGUCUGGAACACGAGAAAGACUUCGAGCCAGUGCUUUUCGGUGAGUAUGAGUUUGUAGAUAACAAUGCCUCCUUGCAAUACUUCCCCAUAAAGAACAAGGACAUCAAGCGGCCAUAUGAAAUUGUGGAGCUGCGUAUUGAAUCGAAUCACGGCCAUGCGCAGUACACGUGUCUAUAUCGCUUCCGCGUGCACGGUAAACCGCCAGCAGCGUAAAUCACAGGCCAUAGGUUGCCAUAGCCAUAGGUCUUUAGUUGAUAGUUAUAUACUUAUUUAUUAAUAUAGUUUAUUGUAAAAAGUUUUUUUUUUUAAAUUAGAAUGUUAAUCUAGAAUAGCGGUACUUACAAUUGCAAACUAAUGAAUGUAAACUUUGUGCCUUAAAGAAUUUAAAACAGUAAAGGAAGAGAGCAAACACUAUUGAGAGCACACAGUUGCACAGUUUGGAAUUGCAGGCCUUAGAUAACCUCAAAAACCGACUAACCUAAACCUAAUGUUACUAAUAGUCAAUACAUUACUUAGAUAUGAACACACAAUUUUGUAAAUACAUAAGAAUUAAUAAAUGCUGCCACAGUGAAGAAUAUA